AUGAGCGAAUUCACCAUUGCAUACCACAAUCUGCGCGAAUUAGCUUCGCAAUUCGCCUCCCAGCCGGACGAUUUUGAUCCUCCUCCUGUCUAUGAGAAGAAAGAGUCCAGGGCUCCCCCUGCUUAUGAGGAGAACGAGUCUAGGGCGGACAAUGUUCCCAACCGCGUGUGCGAGGUAAUCAGUCGCCAGCGUGAAGAAGAGGAUAGGUUUAUGCAGGUUCUCAGUGACUAUUCUGCAUCGAAUAGGGCCGUAAGUGUCGAGAUUCGAGCCGAGGAGGUAGCACGCCGGGAACUUGCCCAACAACGGGCUGCUGCAGAGACCUUCUCUGAGCGCAUGAGCCGGCGCGUGAGAACUCUACAGAUAAGGCUGUGCGGACGGGGUGACAAGUGA